UUACGGCUGACGCUAAUACGACUUAGCUAGCUAUCGGUGUGGGCAGUCUCAAACAACAGUCUUCCUCGGUUGAGAAGCAGAAAACCUGACAGAACUUGUCAUCGCAGCUCUAAACUGCGUGUGCAACACGUCUUGUACUUCCAAUGGCUUUGGUAACAGCGUUACGUAGACUGGCUCACAUAAGUUUACGAGAAUAUUCGUGGAGGAGGACGGCAGUAACUUCGGGUGCGUGGCUGACGGGCUGGAGAAGUUUUACCACAGGCACACAACCUCUGAGGUCAUGUGAUAAGGUGACGGUCCACUUCGUCAACAGAGAUGGGGAGAAGAUCACAGUGAAGGGCUCGCCUGGAGACUCGCUGCUAGAUGUUGUUGUUAACGAAGACCUUGACAUUGAUGGCUUUGGGGCAUGUGAGGGCACGCUGGCGUGCUCAACGUGCCACCUGAUCUUUGAUGAGGAAGUCUACAAGAAGCUGGGGCGAAUAUCAGACGAGGAGAUGGACAUGCUAGACUUGGCUUACGGCUUGACUGACACAUCUCGCCUGGGCUGUCAGAUCUGUCUGACGCAGUCUCUGGAUGGCAUGGAGGUCAGGGUUCCAGACAGCGUAGCUGACGUCCGACAGAGCAAAGACGAAUCUGCCUGACCCAGGACCAUGGAUGUAGACAGUGGUUGUAUCCAGUCAGAAUUGAAGGUACAUGUGCACAGGGAUCGUGGUGGGUGUAAAUUCAGCAUUACUGCUGUAUCUGGUCGGCUGCCACAGUACCUCCUGUCCUUUUAAAACAACUUCCAACUGACACACUAGAGCCAGCCAAGAUUCUUAGAGUGAAACUGAGUCUAACAUCUUCACCCAGAGAAAACGAAAGGUGCACAGCUAACUGAAAUUUAGGCCAAUACAACUAACAGUUCGAGACACCUUAGAGAUUAUGCUGUUGCUGACUACUCCCCCCAAAAGAAAACAUGUUUUUAUUUUAUUCUACAAUGUAUGUAUUCCCUUAUUAAUGUCAGUUUGAUCAGAUCCUUUAUCCAACCAUUUAAUUUUUUUUCAUCAUGUGAUUGUACAUAGCUAGAAAAUGUGUAGUGGAAAAUAAUA